AUUAGGAUUCCUUUGUGUAAGUUGAGAGGAAAGGCUUUCUCGGUCCAGUUCUGCCCUCGGAAUUUUUCAAGCCAUGCCAUCGUCCCUUUCUCGUAUAGCCGCGUUGACGCUGGCUGGCCUGUCCUGCUUGACUUCCCCCGUCGCUGCUGCGGCCUUUGAGCGGUUGGCGACAAUUCCAGAGGGCUGGAAAUACAAUGGCGUCCCUGCCGGAAAUCAACCGAUUCGUCUCCGGAUCGCGCUGCACCAGCACAAUGCGGCAGGGUUUGAGCGGGCUCUCUUAGAUAUGUCAACGCCAGGACACCCCGACUACGGAAAACACUAUGGGUCUUACGAUGAGAUGAAGCGCAUGCUGCUCCCAACCGGCCAAUCGGUCACCACAGUCACGGACUGGUUGACAUCGGCGGGAAUCACCGAAUUCGAGGAAGACGCCGACUGGAUCAACUUCCGUACGACGGUUGAUGUCGCUAACAAGCUGCUGGAUGCCGAUUUCUUAUGGUACACCCACGGCGAGCAGCCCGCUCGCGUCCUGCGCACGCUCGAAUACUCUGUUCCGGAUGAUGUGGCCUCGCACAUCAACAUGAUCCAGCCGACUACGCGCUUUGGCCAGAUCCGUGCCAACCGGGCAACGUUGCGAUACAUGCCGGGAAAGGUGGAUGAGCGUCGCUUGAUGUCCGCCGUGCGCAACGGUUCUACAGACCAUUGCGACGACGUGGUCACCCCGCAAUGUCUCCAUAAGCUCUACCGCACGGAGGGUUACCAGGCCGUCGCUGCCCGCGGCAGCAAGAUCGGAUUCGCCAGUUACUUGGAGGAAUAUGCCCGGUAUGCUGACCUGGCAGCGUUCGAGGCCCACUACGCGCCCCACGCCAUCGGUCAGAAUUUCACUGUCGUCCAGUUCCACGGUGGGCUCAACCAGCAGAACGCCACCAGCGAUAGUGGCGAGGCCAAUCUGGACCUGCAGUACAUCAUCGGGGUCAGCGCGCCGCUGCCCGUGACCGAGUACAGCACUGGUGGCCGCGGCAAGCUGGUUCCCGACUUGAGCGAGCCCGAUCCAAGUGAUAACGAGAACGAGCCGUACCUGGAAUUCCUGGAUGCCAUCUUGAAGUUGCCGCAGGAGGAGCUUCCUCAAGUGAUCUCCACUUCCUACGGAGAAGACGAGCAGACCAUCCCUGAGCAAUAUGCCCGUUCCGUGUGCAACAUGUACGGCCAGCUCGGCAGCCGUGGAGUGUCCGUGCUCUUUUCCUCGGGCGAUUCUGGAGUCGGAGCCGCCUGCCAGACCAACGACGCAGCAAAACGUACCCACUUCCCCCCGCAGUUUCCCGCCUCGUGUCCCUGGGUGACUUCCGUCGGUGGCACCAACGGCACGCAACCCGAGGCGGGCGUGUAUUUCUCUUCCGGUGGUUUCUCCGACCUGUGGGCUCGUCCCUCGUAUCAGGACUCUGCCGUGGCAGCCUACCUGGAUAUCCUCGGCGAUACCUGGUCCGACUACUUCAACCGGAGCGGCCGUGCCUUUCCCGAUGUCGCCGCGCAGAGCACCAACUUUGCAGUCGUUGACCAGGGCUCUGUUGGAUUGUUCGCCGGCACCUCGUGCGCAUGCCCUGUCUUCAGUGCUGUCGUGGCCCUGCUGAAUGACGCCCGCCUGCAAGCCGGUCUGCCGGUGAUGGGGUUCUUGAACCCAUGGUUGUACAAGACGGGUGCUGCCGGGUUGAACGAUAUUGUGCACGGGGGAAGCAAGGGCUGCGACGGCCAGAAUCGUUUCGGAGGCACUCCUAACGGAAGUCCCGUUAUCCCGUACGCCAGCUGGAACGCGACCCAGGGCUGGGAUCCGGUUACCGGACUGGGGACCCCGGAUUUCGUGAAAUUAAAGACGCUGGCAUUGCGGAGGUAGAUAGUUUCCCCGGUUUCUUUUACGGCUGUGGUAUUUGUUUGGAUUGGAUGUUUCACUGCGGUGCCUCGUUCUUUGCGUUGAUAGAAUAGUAUGUAGUUUAUUUCCAGUAUAAUAGAAUUUCAACUUUAUUCAUCG